UUAACUGUACCAGAUACAAGCUAUAGGUAGGGUAGUGUUGCUUGACCCCGCGGCCGUCCGCGACCUCGACCUAAAUCCAAGUCGACCCUUUCAACUGCUACCAACCGACUCAGAUUCCACUUUAAAGGCCGCCUUUGGACAACUCAUCCCGCCCUGAUCUCAAAGGAGGAAGUACUUUAUUGCCUGGCCAGCUCCAAAGCUACUUUGGCCCACGUUGCGAUAGUCUCUGCCCGGCUUCUCGGCGGGAUCGAGGGCAUGACCUGCUCGUCAUAUCCUUUGUUGACAGUAGGAACACCGGCUUGGACUUUGUCAAGCAUCGACCUAGCUAGUUCCGCAACAUCAGCCAAGGCAGAGUGAUCGUCUUUUGAGCCCUUCCUCUAGUCCCCUAUCAUGUCCAUCUCCUCGCCAUCUCCGCUCCCGGACCACCUCCGAGCAGCUCAAGGCAACGCUUCGACGUUUCGAGCGUUAACAUGGAACCUGAAGAUACCGGUGCAGAUCAGUCUGGCUGUAGGACCUACCGUACCAGGAGGACAGGGAAUGAAGGGCGACAAGGCAGAUGGGCAGGGAUAUUCGAGCGAUAUCGGAGCUAGAGGUGGGGUAGCUGCUGGGAUGGACAAGUAUUAUAUGCAAUGCCCUCGGUAUACAUACCUACCGAUCAUAUUACCAGAGCUUCGUGACAACUUUGUCAACUCGGUCCUGGCACCAGACGAGCUGGAAUCGCUAGCAUCUCCGAUCGAAGACUGGUGGUUCGAGGUGGAUACGAGUCACGAUGGGGAAGAUGCUCACGGGAACGGCGAGAUGUGCAAGUGGUACUGGCCACUGGACUUGAUCCACCUCCUCUGCCUGAUCAACCAGCCUCGAAGCAAUUCAUCACCUACACAUUCCCAAACUCUCCGCCUGAUUCUUCAUCUACAUCCUCACCCAAACUCGACCGAUCCGACAAAACCCAAAGUUUCCAACUCCCUCGAAGCUUGUCGGAUACGAUAUACGAGCCUGAUCAAGGAGGCUGAUUAUGCCAGGUGGGGAAAUACGAGACGGGUGACGAGUCUGAGGAGGUUGGAUCUAGAGAGCGGCUGGAACAGUAUUGUUGAAGGCGACUAUGAUGCACAAGCGCAAUUCGCGAACAAAACCCUCCCUCUACCCUUCGGACUACAUACCAACUCGGACGCCGGCAGCAUAGCGAGCAAUACGCACUCGCAAUCCGGUGGUGGUGGCGGUGCGGGAGGUGCAUCGAUCGCCACGGCUUCGAACGCGCCCGACUCUGCCUAUGCCGCUCGAGCUAUCCCCUUCAAGAUCUAUUUGCCAUAUAAUGGGCCGGUCAUCCAGGAUGUCAUCCCGCCUCUGAAUACAGAAGGCAAAGCAAAUACCGUCAAAGACCUACUCUACCGGAUUCUUCCCGGACUUUUCCCCACGACCAGCAACGACCUUUACUCGCUAGCGGUACCCUACCUACACGGCGUCGAGCUCCCAUCAGACGCAGAAUUGGCCUGGUUAGCUUGUUGCAGCCCAGGCGCCGAUGGAUGGCUACGUAUAGGUAUCCGGCUAUGCGAAUGACGAAAGACCGCGUCUCUACCCGUAAUAUGAAACGAUACCCCGAGCCUUGAACGACCGGA